UUAAAUUUAAAUACGAUGAGUGUGACUGAAAAACUACAUUUAAUUGAGUUGAAAGUCAUGCGGCUUACUUUACCUACAUUUAACUCAAAUAUGUUUUUCUGUGGAGAGACUAGGGAUUAUGGGACUGAUAUUCUAAAAAAAGAUUUGCUCAAUGAAUUUAUAUGUUCCGAGUAUGAUGUACCAUCCUCUGUAGGAGUAAUGUUGAAGCUUCCUCAAACAUUUGGUACAAUAUAUCUUGGUGAAACAUUUAAAGCCUAUGUCACAGUACAUAAUUUGCAAUCAGAUCAAAAAGUCUUUCAAAUUAUUUUAAAUAUUUAUAUCCAAACUGGGACUCAAAAAAUAAAUAUUUAUAACCCAGAUAUUAUAAAGGAAAUUGAUGUAAAUAAUAAUUAUGAUCAAAUUAUUCAGCAUGAGGUUAAGGAAUUGGGCUCUCAUGUUUUGGUAUGUGAAGUUACAUAUUCAGCAAAUGAAGGGCAGACAAUGCAUUUUAGAAAAUUUUUUAAAUUUCAAGUCAACAAACCAUUAGAUGUUAAAACAAAAUUUUAUAAUUCUGAAACUGGUAAAGUUUUUCUUGAAACUCAAGUACAAAAUUUAACCAACCAUCCCUUGGUGCUUGAACAAAUGGCUUUGUUUCCUCACUCAAAUUACAUAGUUAAAGAUGCCAAUUAUGAUAACAAUAACGAAUUCAUAUUUAACAAAAUCAAUUGCCUGAAUCCUAUGGAUGUGAGACAAUACCUAUUUUGUUUGUACAUAAAGAAAAAACCCAUUCAAAACAAAGAGACAUUAACUCUUACUGAUGUAGGUAAAUUACACAUAUCCUGGAGAGGGCCUUAUGGGGAAAAGGGAGCUCUGCAAACCAGCCAACUACAUCGCUUACCAUCACAGAUACCCGAUAUAUUAUUGCAAGUUGAAACCAUUCCAGAUCAAAUUGAAAUGGAAAAAUCUUUUGCUUUGAAUUGUAGAAUCACCAAUUUUACAGAAAGAGUGAUGGAUUUGGAUAUGCGUUUGAUAGAUGACAUGAACACCAAACAAAACAUAUUUUGGCUAGGAAUGACAAAGAAACAUCUUGGAAAAUUAGAACCAGGUCAACACUCCCUCCUUCCACUCACAGUAUACGCUACCCAUCCCGGAUUUAAGUCUAUAUCAGGUAUACGCUUGUUGGAUACCUUCCUGAAUCGAACCUACGAAUACGAUAACAUUGGACAGGUGUACGUUAUGGAUCCGAUAAUCUCUAUACCGGCCUGAAACAAAAAUAAAACCCUAAUGUCUAUCCUAUUAGUAAAUAUAUUACGACCACUAUCUGUUUCUUUCUAUCCAACGUCCAUAAUAACAUUGUAAUUAAUAUAUAAUGCUAUUCAGAAGUGUGUUUACGAUAAAUUGUUCCUCACAAUUAAUAAUAUGACACCCUUCUUACAAAUUUACUUCAAAAAAAAUGGUAAAGGUU